CCCCCGCCCCUGGCCGGCGGUUCGGCCCCGCGGCGCCGCUUCCGGUGCGGGCCCCGCCCCGGCUGUGGCCCCCGGCUGCGGAGGAGUCCGAGACGCUGCUGCCGCGCCGGGGCUUGAGCGGCCGCCUCCUCCGCCGCCCGAAAACCCGGAGCGCCCCGCACAGGUUUAGACCCAGUGUGCCUGGUGGGCUGUGCCCAGGUUCAGAGUCAUGCCACUCUGUGGGUGAAGCUUGAGGCAGUAAUGGAGCCACUUCAGCAGCAGCAGCAGCAGCAGCAGCAGCAACAGAAGCAGCCUCACCUGGCUCCUCUGCAGAUGGAUGCCAGAGAGAAGCAGGGCCAGCAGAUGAGAGAAGCCCAGUUCUUGUAUGCCCAAAAGCUGGUCACACAGCGGACUCUCCUUUCGGCCACACCUGGGAGGCCUUCUGGCAGCACUCCCUUGGGUCCCUUAGCCAGAGUCCCAGCCACCACAGCAGUGGCCCAAGGUUUUGAACGGGGCAGCGUGAACUCAGAGCCUGAGGAAGAAGAAGGAGGUUUGGAGGAUGAGGAUGGGGAUGAUGAAGUUGCAGAGGUGGGUGAGAAAGAAACCCAGGCUGCUUCAAAAUAUUUUCAUGUGCAGCAAGCAGCUCGCCAGGAUCCCAGAGCGGCACCCAUGUCCAAUCUACUUCCAGCACCAGGGCUCCCACCACAUGGACAACAGCCUGAAGAAGACCAUACCAAAGAUGCUUCCAAGGCCCCUCCUUCUGUCUCCACAGCCGGGCAGCCGAACUGGAGUCUGGAUGAGCAGCUCAAGCAGAAUGGUGGUUUGGCCUGGAGUGAUGAUGCAGAUGGAGGCCGGGGAAGAGAGAUCUCUCGAGAUUUUGCCAAGCUGUAUGAACUGGACGGUGAUCCUGAAAGGAAAGAGUUCCUGGAUGACCUCUUCGUCUUUAUGCAGAAGAGGGGGACCCCCAUCAACCGAAUCCCCAUCAUGGCCAAGCAAAUCCUGGACCUGUACAUGCUGUAUAAGCUGGUGACCGAAAAGGGGGGCCUGGUGGAGAUCAUCAACAAGAAGAUCUGGAGGGAGAUCACCAAAGGCCUGAACCUGCCCACAUCCAUCACCAGCGCCGCCUUCACCCUCAGGACCCAGUACAUGAAGUAUCUCUAUGCCUAUGAGUGUGAGAAGAAAGCCUUGAGUUCCCCAGCUGAGCUCCAGGCAGCCAUUGAUGGCAACCGCAGGGAGGGCCGGCGGCCCAGCUACAGCUCCUCCCUCUUCGGCUACUCACCUGCUGCUGCCACGGCUGCUGCUGCUGCUGGGGCCCCUGCCCUCCUCUCCCCACCCAAGAUCCGCUUUCCCAUCCUUGGGCUUGGCUCCAGCAGUGGCACCAAUACCAGUAGCCCGCGGAUAUCCCCAGCAACCACUCUCAGGAAAGGUGAUGGCGCCCCAGUGACAACAGUGCCUGUGCCAAAUCGCCUGGCUGUGCCCGUGACCUUGGCAAGCCAGCAGGCUGGUCCUCGGACCGCCACACUGGAGCAGCUACGGGAGCGGCUGGAGUCAGGGGAGCCUGCUGAGAAGAAGGCGUCAAGGCUGUCCGAGGAGGAACAGCGCCUAGUGCAGCAGGCCUUCCAGCGCAACUUUUUCAGCAUGGCACGGCAGCUCCCCAUGAAAAUCAGGAUCAAUGGCAGGGGGUGGCCAGGCAGCAUCAGAGAGGACAGCAGGAGUGCUGUGCAAGGCUUGACCAGGCCCAAUGUCCCCCUGUCCCCAGCAGAAGACAGAGCAGAGGCCUCGGCUGCAGCGCUGAACCUGACCACAAGCAGCAUUGGGAGCAUUAACAUGUCAGUGGACAUCGAUGGCACCACCUACGCAGGUGUGCUGUUUGCCCAGAAGCCUGUGGUCCACCUCCUCGCGGGGUCUGCCCCCCAGAGCCUCGGCAGCAGCGCCAGCAGCAGCAGCAGCUCUCACUGCUCACCAAGUCCUACCUCAUCCCGGGGCACCCCCAGCGCAGAGCCCUCCACCAGCUGGUCCCUCUGAUGGGCAAGACCCAGCUUCCCACUUGCCACUCUCCUGCCGAGAGUAACAGAAAUUGAUGCACAGAAUUUACCUCAUCUCACGGAGCCCACGUCGACGAGCACCAUUUGGCCAGACAUGGAGAGUUUGGACGUGUCCGUCUGUCCAGGCUCCUUUCAGGUCCUGCUGUACUCUGGGGGCAGGGAGAGGCUAGAGGGGCAGGACAGGGCAGCGUUGUCCAAUCAGGGAUUGUCCUGGAGAACUGGGUGGGGGUCUGUGGGUGUCCAGCUUCCUCUAGGGUUCCCCAGCCACCUCCCAGCCCGGGGCACAGUGUAUCGACAAUCUGUCAGCCGACACAGGGCUGGAGGCCCUCCAUUUCCCUUCCCCUUUAAUUUAUUUCCCUGCCCCUCCUGCCAUGACUCCAGGGCCCCUCGUCUCUUCCCCUGUUUUUAAGUCCCAUGUGGGGCUGCUAGGAGCCGAGAGCAUGCCUUCAUGCACUUCUCUGCUGAGCAUGGGAUGGGGCCCUCUCAGCCCAUCUUGCCUACUGUUAGGUUCCUGGGGUUUGGGUCCCUCAAACUCAAGUCUUGAAUCAGUCCUCAGGGCCCCAGAUCCCCCUUUAAUGGUCCCAAGGAAGAGACCGUAAGAGCAGUUUGGGGCCAGGGCCCACGGGGCACCUGCUGACGGGAAGGCAGAGGCUCAGUGCUGCCCAGCCCUGGCACCUACUUAAUACGGGCCCUUCUCUGACCCCCAAAACCUCCUGUUCCCCAUUUGCCCUUGUUAGCCCGCUUUCCCAAGAAUAGCCCACUUCUCCCCUCCCCAGCCCCCUUCCAUUUCUCAUGGGGCCAUCUCGGCCUCACCAUCCCCACACGUGCCGAUGUCAGGUUCAUUGAAAUACCUCAGAUUUGUAAUUAUUGACGUUUGAGUCUUCAGGAAGUAUUUGCAUCUCUGAAAUCUUUUUUAUGUGUUUUGCUGACUUGUUUUUUUUUUAUUUUAAAAUUUUUAUUGUUGUAGCACCAAAGAAAUGAAAACAGAUCACCCCAAAGCCAAGCAAAUGAUUGGGUACUCCGGCCCCUCCAGCUCUUCUCUCAAGCCCAGUGAGGAGGCCAGGGGGAGGCAGGCAGGGAAGACGACUCAGGGAUCGUGGGGCGGGGAGGUGGAGUCGAGAGGCCUGCUCUCAGGCCGGUUGGGCCCUGGAACCGCACCAGUUCUGAAGACAGUCCAUUUUCUGCCACACCCCCACCCCUAGCUGACCAGGGAGGCAGCAGAACACCUCCCCGUCACUCAGCAUUCCCAGCUUAGGGCACCAGCAGGCUGGGGUCCUCGCUGGCCUUACUGGAGGUUGAGCCGCCCCAGCUAUGAGGAGAUGCCAAGAACUCCACUGCUCCUGGACCCCAGAGGCGGGGAGCAGGUGGCUCCUGUGCUGUCAAGAAAAGGUGGUUCUUGAGUGUGGCUCACCCCAGUCGAAGAAGCCCUGGAGUAUUGAGCGGAACACCACCGCUGUGACAUGGGGUGGAGACGGUGGGAGACACUGUGCGUGACGUGGGUGUGUGGCAGCACGGCUAGCAUUCAGUCCUGUGUAGGAGAGGAAAGGGAAUCAAAAGCUUGAGCACAAAUAGAUACCUCAGCCUGAGAAGCUGCAGCUCUGCUCACCCAUCUCCUCUCUCCCCCAGCCCUCCACACACACUCCAGCUCCCACACUCACUCACACACCCCAUCUCCGGGGGGCUGACCUCGUCUGGCCUCAGCCUGCAGGGUGAGGGCAGAGAAGGGUAUCUGGGAUCUGGUGCCAUUGAGGAGCCCAGUUAGCUGGCAUUGGGCCCACUUGAAGGUGUCUCAGACAUUUGGCCAGUGUGUCUUUCUCAGGGGUUUGGUCACGAAGGAUGGACUCUUCCCACCCAGAGGAUGCAGGGACAGUACGCUGUGUUUUUCCGAUCAUUGGAUCCUCUCCCUUUCCCCCAGCCGCUCACCUGGCUGCACCCUCAGAGCGAACCCUCACUGCCCUCAAAGACAGCAUCCGGGUCUCAGCCAGAGCCCGAUGGGGGGUGCCAGCAGGUGUCCCCAGAAGUGGGGCCUUGGCCCAAGCAGAGCUUUCCCUGAAGGUGCAGUCAGCCAGGGCAGCUGUGUUCCCUCCCUGCUCCCCAUCUUAUGUGUAUUUUAACCAGGAAAAGUGUGAUAGCACAUGGGUAGCCUAGGCAGUGAAUAAAUACCUCAGAUGUCCUCCUGCAACAAGUGUCUGUAUAUGUUGUGGUUAUUUUUAUCUUACAUGUUCUUGAAUGUUUAUAUUUCAAUAAACUUCUACCUCUUCGCACAA